GUCUGACUCUGACUAAAUGAAACAGUGAAAGUAGUGGGGCUAUGCGUAUGCAAGUGUUCUGAAAGUCUGAAAAACUUACAUUGAAUGGAAAUGUUAGAUUUGUUGUAGAUUAUGUCAAGUAUUAUUUUGUCACUUUUUAAAAUAACGUUUAUUUGCGGACCCGAGAGGGAAAUACGUUUUUGUGAUCAUUUUGGAAUCAAUUUAUUCGUGAAAAGAACAUUGAUUUUGAACAUAAGGAGUGAUAAGCUUGAGGUUAAAACUGGUUAUUAUAAUGUAUAAUGGUUUAGCUUCAUUUAUACCUUAUUGCCAUCAUGACUUUGAGGAUCGGAUUAGUUCAAAAUGGAUUAGCUGAAGACUGUCAAGUAUUCUCAACAAUGGAGAAAAAACCCAAUGUUUCAUUUUCAGGUGACAAAGAACUGUUCCAGAGCUUAGAACCUUUGUUGUCGUCGUCUCUACCUCAGGAGCCAACAGAAUGGAGGAGAUCGUACGGUCGCAUAAUCAAAUCAGUUCAUGUUCCAGCAUCGUUUGUGUCCUUUGGUAAAGACAUAUUGCCUAAAGAUGGAGAUUAUCGUCUAAUUCAUCAACCUAUAUUCCACACUUAUUGGACGCAGUGUCCGGAUAUUGAUACCUAUAAAUCUUCAGGGAAGGAAGGCAUCGAGGCUUGGAUGAAAACUUUGGGCCAACAUAACAUAACUGAUUGGAUGAUAGUGCUAGUAGAAACGUAUGACUUUCGAAAAAGCAAUAAACUCAUUCCGAGAACAACUGUUCUUGAUAAAAUAAGAAGUGAUUUCGGCUCUAAACACGCCGAUAGGUGUUUAUCUGUGAUAAACCCCCUGAGGUCAGAAUCGAGGUCAGCGGGGUCCUGGCGAGGUUUGCUUGUUAACUUCCGCCUCCUACUCCUCAUCGCGUACGACAGAGCUCUCCUACGCUUUGAAGAAAUUAUUCGAGAGCAGCGUGAGAAGAGAAAUCAACCUGGCUGGAGUUUUUGCCAAUAUUUUCUCUUACAGGAGGAAUUGGCGUUUGUGCUGCACAUGUUGGGGGUGUAUGAGGAGGCUCUGGUACAAUACGAUGAGUUGGAUGCUCUCUUUACACAGUUUGUGUUAAACUCCAACUUAGGAGAUACACCUAAAUGGUUAAGUGGAUUCCAGGCUUCUGUCGACUGUUGGCCUGGCUUAUCAUUGUCAAAAACUCUCGACGUAGAGGCGAGGAAGAAAAUCCAACAAAAUGACAUUUCUUUAUUACAGUUCCGAAGUUACCUAUUUUCAAGACAAUGUUCAAUGCUGCUUUCUACAUGUAAACCCUGGGAGAUAGCCCAGCGGUGUCAGCCAUUCCUGCAGAAUUGUAUCAACGAGUUGCGUAUACUCGAGGUGGACAGUCCAGCGGGCGCAGUGGCCAGCUGGGUGUUCCUGUGUUGUGUGGAGGUGCUCGACACCUGUGCGAGGUUCAACGAUACCAGUCAGGUGGAGGCCUACUCUCUCUACACUGCCACACUUUGGGCGUACGCCAGGGAUAAGCUGGGGGAGCUAGGGGAGUUGUGUGGACUGAUGCCAGGCUGUGAGACUACCAGUGAACAUCUGCACACAGUCGUACUGUUGUCUGCCGGUAUCGGAGACACUCCUGCCACUCUGGCAGCGACCAGGCUGCGUCAGGCACUCUCCUCCAAGGAAGCCUUCAAGAAACAAUAUUUGGAGUUGUCAGAGCUGGCAAUCAGCACGUUCAAGCACAUCGGCAGAGUGCGGUGUGCUCACGAGAUCGGCAGGGACUUGUCCAGCUUCUACAGUCGCCUGGGGGAUCUCACAUCGGCCUCGGUGUUCCUCAGGAACACCCUGCACAGCUACGACGAGGACGGGUGGCUCACUCUGGCCGCCCAGGCGGAUAUACAGUUGGCGAUGUGCUACAGGGACCUCAAAGACUGUAAAAGAUAUUGCAAGACAUGUGCCGCCAUUUCUUCUACUCCACAUCUAGACAUGAGCACAAGAAUGUUUUACUUUGAAGAAAUGAAUAGACUGCUGGAGGAGCAUAAGUCAGAACCUCCAUGGACGUGUAGACUGGGGGACGGGUUCACGAUAGACAGUGUGGUGGUGAGAGUGCUGGAGACAGAAGACUCGGUGGAAGCGGUUGUGUCUCUCACUAGCCUGCUGCCUGCGGAUGUCACCUGCGGUUACCUGCAGAUAGCUGUCGAGCCAGUAGCCAAGGAGGGAAACACUGACAAGUUCAUUUCUCGGGUAGAUUUUGAAGAGCUGAAGAUGACAUCUUUGAAGGCUCCUCUGGUCGAAAGGUUUGAUUAUAAACAAGACCGGAGCCUCGCUCAGGCUAAUGUUGCCAGCAAAUUCCACAAGACGGUAUGUUUAAGGCGACAGGACAGCCAAUUGCGGCCAACUAAAGUGGUUACAAUUGCCCGAGCAGACUACACAAACUCUCUGAGAACAGCAAACGUGGUGCUCAGUGCCGGGCAAGAACACAGUUACCCUUAG